AUGCCGUUUGGGUUUACGCAAACCAUUCGUAUGCAGUGUGAAAGAUCCAAUCUAUCCUGCUUACUGGACGCAGAUACAGCCGCAGUUACCCUCUGUAAAACUCAGCUGUGCUCUUCUCCAUCGGUGAAUGGAAGUAUUGGGAUGUGUUUUGGGUCGUUGUCUGUUGACACAUGUGAUGGGUGGAUGGGAACUUCGAGUUCUACUGCUAAAACGGUGACGAAUGGACACGUGGAGUUGUGCACCAGCUUUAUGUUGUUCGAGUCUGUAAAGGGCAUGUAUUCCGCCGGGAUUGUAUCGACGCUGGAGUCCAUUUCGGUGGUCAAGGCUACUAGGGCUAUCAUUCUGAUAACGUUCUUCGUAGUUUUCUCAGCAGUACAAGAAGCGACAAAUUCUCAAAAUCUAGGCACAGAGAAUGACGUAAUUACGGAGGAAUUGAAUUAUGGAUAUUCGACUACGACUACACCAGGAACGACCACACAACAGCCAAUUGUUGAGAAUGAAAGGUCCCCAACCUACUGGUACAACUUGGCUAAAGAGCGAUUUGAGCGAGACUGUCAAGUCUUUCCCACUAUGAAAAAUGGUAAAAGAGCAAAGAAUGUCAUCCUUCUACUCGGCGAUGGCAUGGGAUUGCCAACCAUCUCCGCAGGACGUUUUUUCGUAGCUCAAGAGAUUGGUCUCAAUGGUUCCAUCAAAAAGCAUCCCUUUGAGGAGUGGCCUUACAACACUAUGGCACGAACCUACGAUUUGGAAACUUCGGUCACUGACUCAGCCAGCUCUGCGACUGCCUACUUGACUGGCACGAAAACACGGACUGGAAUGAUUGGACUUACCGGGGAUAUCGGUGUCAAGCAAUGCGGAACAUGGGACAAAGCGUACUUCGCUGAGUCUGUUUUAGAAGCUGCUUAUAAGGUUGGAAAGGCAACAGGCGUCCUUACUAACACAAGAAUAACUCAUGCCUCUCCCAGUGGUUGUUAUGGCCACGUGAGCUAUCGAGAUAUGGAGAGUGAUGCCAACCUUAAGAAAUUUUGUCCAAAUGAAUAUAAAAACAUGAAAUGUCAGGACCUGGCCUGCCAACUGAUUAAUGAUCACCCUUACAUCAACGUGAUGAUAGGUGGAGGCCAAAAGAAUUUUUAUCCCCAAAAUGUCGCACUUCCAGCCGAUCUAUCUGUGAAAGGAGUUCGAUUGGAUAAUAGAAGUCUUGUUGACGAAUGGGUUAAUUAUCAUAAGAGUAAAGGCCAUAAAUACUGCCUUGUGAGCAAACCAAGCGAAUUAGCUUCAUGUGACGUCUCUGCGGUGGAUUACCUCUUGGCAUUGCCAUAUGCGGAUCACAUGCCGUACAAUCACAUGAUCAGUUGGGAUGAGCCAAACCUCCUGAGCUACGUUCGGAAGGCAAUGAAAGUGCUGGAUCGUCAAGCAAACGGCUACUUCCUUUUCAUCGAAAGUGGUCGCAUUGACCAUGCUCAUCACAAUAACGAGGGCCGCCGAUCGCUGGAUGAGAUGAAGCACUUCGAUGAGAUCAUUGCUUACAUUGAAAAUACAGUCAACUUGGACGAGACUCUAGUAAUUGUGACGGCGGACCACUCGCAUUCCUUUGAACUGGUUGGACAGCCAGGCCGAUUCCAGAGCGUGCUUGGUCUCGACCAAUACUACAGUAAUAACACCAAUGACCUUAUGCCACUUCAAGGCUUGAACUACAUGAAUGGGCCUAAUGGAUUGAUAAAUGAGGCCCGAAGAAAUCCAGGUAUUCUGGACAUCUUUUCAUGGACCUACAGGCAACAGACGCUGGUGCCCCUUCCAUACUCGUCGCAUGGAGGUGAUGAUGUUGGAGUCUACGCCACUGGACCUAUGUCUCCCAUCUUCCACGUAACCGUUGACAACACGAUGAUUGCACAGGCCAUGAAGUUUGCUCUUGGUGCCUAUCCUUUUGACCAGAAAAAGACACCUUGUGAAUAA